AUAUUCCGUGACACUGCGAGAUUAUCGCAAGUAUUGCCGAAAUUUUGGGAAAGUUUCAAAGCUUUACUUCAAAUUUUGCUUAUGUUUGGUUCAAUUGAUGGAAAAACAAAAAGUUGAACCCCUUUUCAAAGACAUCGAUGCCGAUGACGAACCCCAAACCCAGGCAGUGGAAAGUUUGUGCAUGAACUGCCACGAGAACAACUUACCACAAUUGAGGGACUUCUCUCACGUGCCAUCACUGCCUUGGAACAGGAUCAGCCUGUUAGAAGGAUCAUGGAUCCUGACAAUGCAGCGAAAAUUGAUGAUGUGGUGACGCAGUUGAAAAAAUGCCGUGAUGGAGAGAGGAAGUUCACUCUUAACUUGGAUGAUUCGUCUGGUAACAGUUUCAUAGAAAAUCCACUUGCUCCUCAAGAAGACCCACAGAUAACCACGGUGUAUUACCCCAGAAACGCAGAACAGGACGCCCAACUUGGACUUCCGCCUGCCAGUCAAAAAGAGGAGAAACGCGAAGAAGAAGAAGAAGAAGAAGAAGAAGGUGAAGAGGGAAAACAUCUAAAUGAUGAGGUGUUGAACUUCCAAACAAACUGUCCCUCGUGUAAUGCACCUACAGAAACUAGAAUGAAGCUUGUUGCUAUACCGCAUUUUAAAGAAGUGGUGGUUAUGGCGACCAAUUGUGAUGCUUGCGGGCAUAGGUCAAAUGAAGUCAAGUCUGGCGUCAGAGACCUGUGAAGUACAUAUUCCAUCAUUGGAUUUCCAGACUACAGCCGGUACUUUGGGUGGACGAUUCACAACAUUAGAAGGCCUUUUGUGUAACAUCAAAGACCAGCUGAAGUCCCUGAAUCCUUUUGGCUUUGGAGACAGCCCGGAUGAAUUCAGUGAGAAGAUGAAAGAAUUUAUCACCGGCUUGGACAAGAUAAUCAAUGGUGAAGAAAUGGAUGUUCUGAUCACACUGGAUGACCCGGCAGGAAACAGCUACAUUCAGAAUUUGUAUGCUCCGGAUCCCGAUCCCGAACUCGAAGUAGUUCAUUAUCCAAGAACAAAGGAACAGGAAGACGAUCUUGGGAUAUCCGACAUGAAGACAGAAGGAUAUGAAGAGGAAAAUCAAAGCUGAUACUGAAGUUAUAAUAUUUCAAUUUCCGAAAAUGAACAUUGCUCUUAUCAGUCCUCCCUUUACUAGUUCGCUCCUUACCAGUCCACCCCAUAACAGUUCAAUCCGUACCAGUUCAGCCCCUGCCGGCCAGUUCACCCUUUAUCAGUUCUCCUCUCUCCAAUUCGCUCCCAUGAAGGCGAGUUUUCUUCAUCAAUUAUAAGAAGUUCGCCCCCACCACAACUCGCCGAGGUAGAGGCGGACUAGUCGCAGAUUAACUAGUCGCGAGCAAACUUGCAAUGCAACGAGACCUCUCUUUUCGACUGAGUAUUGUAAAACCAAAACUUUAGUAAUCACAAUUGCCAGUCAGAAGAAAGGGCGAACAAGAACUUAAAAUAAAAACGCGGGUGACCAACUCGUGAUUGGUUUUA